GUUUGAAGAAGACGCGGAAGAAGCCGGCGGGGGCCUGGACGGCGGGCAAGGCAAGAGGAAGAGGCUGUUCUCCAAAGAACAACUGUCCUGCCCAACAGACAAGACUGCCAUCCUGGUGCAUGAGCUUGUGGGCUGGUGAGCUCUAACUAGAUGUGUGCUGCUGAGAGCACUAAGUAGAUGAAAGAAGCCUCACGCCGAGUGUUUCUUUCUGCAGUAAGAUGCAUGAUGUAUGGAUUCGGGGAUGACCAGAACCCUUACACAGAAUCAGUGGACAUUCUUGAGGACCUGGUAAUAGAGUUUAUCACAGAAAUGACACACAAGGCCAUGUCAAUUGGGCGGCAGGGUCGCGUACAGGUUGAGGACAUUGUCUUCUUAAUACGCAAGGACCCCCGGAAGUUUGCCAGAGUUAAAGAUCUCCUAACUAUGAAUGAAGAACUGAAACGAGCCAGAAAGGCCUUUGAUGAAGCAAACUAUGGAUCUUGAGUCUGUGCGCAAGCUGCACUGGGAAGUUACUUGGGCACCUGCUGCCCAGAAGGAAGGAACAUCACGUGUAUUGUUUGGAGGGGUUAUUCAGGAUGGAGGUGACUGCUGGGGUGUCUGCCCUCGCUCCCAGCCUUUUUUGAGAAGUAUUCAAGCAGCUGAAUGUUAUCUGAUUGUAUCUGGUAUACUUAGGUAUUUUUAUACCAUUUUAUGAAAUAAAAGCUCUAAAAUUCUUGUAAUGGCAGGAAGUCUGAAGUAGGACUGUGUUGAAUCAGAUAUCUACAGGGCUAAUGAUGGGUGAUUCUCUACAAUUAUUUCAGUUAUCACUGGGUAUUCCUGUGACAGGAAACCUAGAAAAUGGAUCUUGGUUAACUGGACAAAG